CGUGAACUAUCAUAAUGCAUGAAGGUAAUUUAUCUACACGUACAGGAAGUAUGUGCUCAUCUUCAGGGAAUAGUAAUAAUAAUAUUAUUAAAAUACCACGUCGUACAUCAGUGGCUCCAGUUACACAAAAAUCAUCAUUAGUUCCUCCACUUAGUAGAAAAUCAUUAUGCAAUAACACAACAACCAUCAGUUCAUCUAAUGAAGCAACUACGUCUUUUCCAUCGGACAAAUUACGUCGUAUGUCUACGCUAUUUAGCAUCGAUCGAGCAAAAGCACGUGAAGUCAUUAUGGCUGUACUAGAAGAUCCUGCAAGAACUGAAUUUAAACGUCUUAAAAUAGAAAAUGACAGCCUAACUAGUGAAUGGAAACAAGUACGUAAAAUAUUAGGACAAUUGCAAGCAGAUUAUGAAACAAGUCGCUCAUUAGAUCCUCUAAGACGAUUUAAGCAUUUACAAGGUAUGGUCAAACGUAUUGUUAUGCAUAUACGUAUUACCGAACCGAGUUCCCUGAAGAAAUUUUCUGCACAUUCAGAGAAUUCAAGUGAAAUUACAUUACAAGGAGAUGUUCUGCAAAGUGAAACUAAAGUGAAAGAAAUGGAAAAACGUGUUGGACAAAUGUGUGAUAAUUAUUCAAUUGAAGAAUUAACUAUACAAAAUCGACGAUUAAAUGAAUCAAAUGAACGAUUAGAAAAUCGUCUACAAUUAAUAAUACAAACAAUAAAUGAAUUAGAUAAUCUGUAUAAUUCUAUUAAAAAUGAUGGCUUCAUUAAACGUUAUACCACUUUAAAAGAUGCCGUUAAACGGAUUGUUACAAAUAAUGAUUUAUAUGAUAAUCCUUAAGUAUAAACAUAUAACAAUGAAGUAUUUAGUGCUGCUUUUUUUGUCACUCACUUGGCUCAAAGCUAAUCGUCGUUGUUGGUGUUCUUCCUCCUCUUCAAAAUACUACUUAAAUACUAAAUCCAAUUCUGUACAAAUUUUCCGAAACAAACGAAUAAAUGGGAACAUGUUGAUGAUGUAAUAUCGAAUUUCUGCUUUAUGUUAAUAUGUCAUUGUAACCAAUCAAUAAUUUUGAUUAUUUAUACUAGUAUAUCAUUAUGUAAUUAUUUUUCUUUUGUUUUUUUAAUACUAAAUUUAUAUCUUCAAUUAUUCAAUAAACCAUGGAUUGUAUUACACCUUAGAAAUGUGUAUUCUUUGUAUUCCCUUUAAAGUGAAACUUGAUAAAGACAAUAUUUACUAAAGAUCAACAUAACAAACUUCUGGAAACUAUUUAAAAAAUGGUUGUUUAUUUGUUUUUCAUCUGAAAAUUAGAUUUUCAUUUUGCUUUGUAUGUUAAUGUCUUUAAACUAUUUAUUUAUUUUUUUCAGGGAACUAUAAUCAAUUCAUUAAUUAAUCUAAAGAUUUGAUAUAUUUGAUAGUAUGGUUGUUUUGUAGUAAACAUCUAUCUGAAGCGACAUAUCAAUGUAAGUUUUUGACUGUUACAGCAACGAAAGAUAAUAUCUAUAUUAGAUUAGAUUAGAUCAGAUUCUACAUACUGAUACUUUCCAUUUCAAAUUAUUAAUUUGUUGAAACUUUUAAAAAUUUGUAUAUAAUUUCAUCAAUGACUAUAUUGUGAAGUGACUGUGAUGUGAGUUACUUAUAUCCACAUAAGUAGUAUAUAACAAUGGUUAGACAUAAAGUGUCUUUCAGUGGAAGAUCGAAAGGAAAAAAACGGUAACGAAGAGCAAUCAGUACGAAAAUGCAUAAACAAUGAAAUCUAAGACAAUGGACUGGUAUUCGAGGAAGGAACAGUCAAGUUUGAGGCGAUGGAUUUGCACAGUUUUUUCGGGGUUUUUUUCUUUCUUUUUCUUUUUUUUAAAAAAAACAUUUUCUCUUUUUUGUAUUCGUUACUGUUUUUUGUUGUUGCGUAAGAAACUUGUUGAAAUAACCUGUGCUGAGAAUUCUAUAUUGUAC